GUUCCUCUGUUAUAUAUCUUCCACCAUCGUUGAGGUUCAAACAUAUCCGCAGUAGCCUUGGUAAUCAUCAUUUGCUGUUCCAAAUCAUGAAGCUACAACUUGCUUUUCUUGCUGGUGUCAUCGCGAUUAGCAAUGCAUCUCCUCAUCCCACAUCAGUGAAAGGUCGUCAUUUUGACGAGCCUGGCAAUCCAGAUCAACCCGAUCAACCAUAUGGAUGUAACUGUACUGGUACAACUCCAGGCCCGCUGCCAUCUUCCGCUCAAUACAUUUGCUAUGACUGGAGACUUGGGCCAAAAACACUUCCAAAAUAUCUUCCUCUCUCCAGCGAGCUAUCAUCUUAUGAUAGAUUUGAUGGACUAACACCCGGAGAAUUUAUCAAAACCUGGUGGGAUCCCGAACUCAAUCCUCCAUAUGGGAGCUUCAGAUAUCCGGGUGAUGUAACGCCGGGGGACCAAGGCUUUUCAAUCGACAUAAAUGGAAAACCCAUCAGCGGAUUUGUAGAACUACCACCAAACACCUACUUAGAUAGAUUUGGAAAAGAGACUGGCAUGUUUUUAUCCUCCGCGGAUACGCCAUAUUCCCAACGAUCCCUUCCGCCUUCGAAUCUCAAUAAUCGACCUGAUGAUCCAGGAUUCCCUAACGACUAUCAUGUCUACCGAACUACCCAAAAGCUGAUAUUAAAUGCUGGACCUAUCGCUCCUUGGUUUGGCCAGCCGGGACUUGGAACACAAUUCUAUUCUGGUCCUCGGACCAUUGCGGACUUGAUAGGCAAUAAAACCUUAGAAAGAGUCGAUCCUUCUGUUUUGAUCUCCAAUAGACAGCAACAAGGCUGUGGCUACUAGACGUACUUGAAUGCGUAGAGAAAAUUUCGGCGAUUUUAGCUAUUUUUCUUCGCUGUCGAUUUUUAUGGAACUAAUUUAAUUAUAAUACUUAUCAACGAUGAAGGAUUAGUCUCGCAGUAUAAGCUGACUCUGAGGUUUUUGCAAUAGCUACUUUCACUUCAUUCAUUGCUUUCCCAUGUUUGAAGAGAGGCUCUUGUUGUGCACGCACCUCACCUUGAAAUUUGCAAUUGUUGUGAGCAUGAUCCGUGUUUGUAGGCUGAUUCCAAAUAGCCCGCGUUAAAAUGGAAUAGAAAUCUUAUCAUGUGUGCCUGGCCAACACAUACGAGCGUGCUUAUUGUACUGUUUCCCAGUUCUAUGAAAGGUCAAAAAAAAGUGUACAAUCUCUAGAUAGGCGGCUGAUCUGAGACAAUCAAUCAGUUACA